AUGGACAGUUUCACUCCACUAGCAGAGUUGGAGCUGCUGAAGAAGAUCGAAAUGCUGGAAGAGGAUCACGCCCGCCUCCAGCAUGACAUGUCCCAACUUAACCGCCCCCGCCGCCGGAUCACCAGAACAAGAGGCGGUGCCGGUCGGCUGCCGUCGAGUUUUAAUUUCAGUGACCGGCAAUAUCUCAACAUAUUGGAGUCACUUGGGCAGUCUGUGCAUGUUAUGGAUCCUCAUGAUCGUAUAAUCUACUGGAAUAGAAGUGCCGAAAAGCUGUUUGGAUAUUCUGCGGAAGAGGCCAUCGGACAUUGUUCCAUUAAGCUGGUAGUAGAUAUCAGGGACCGUGGUGCAGCAUAUAAUAUAGUCCACCGUGUCAACCACGGGGAGAGAUGGACUGGGAUGUUCCCUGUAAAGAAAAAAUGCGGGGAGAGGUUUACAAUUAUUGUAACAAAUAGUCCAUUCUAUGAUGAUUCUGGGAAUAUAAUUGGGCUUGUUUCUACAUGUGCUGAUGCUCAGGCCUUUCGCGACAUGAGGUUUCCAAUGACAGCUGAGAAACAGCCACAACAAGAUUUAAGCUCCAGCACUCAAGGGGCCAGUGUUACAACUAAACUUGGUGUUGAUCCUCAGCAGCCUCUGCGGAAAGCAAUUUCAUCAAAACUAACAAACUUGGCAUCGAGGGUGAGUAACAAAGUCAAGUCAAAAAUUCAGGCAAGAGAAAACAGCAUGGAUUCCACAGGUGAGACUGUUGAUAGUCAUCAUCAGUUUUAUGGUUCAGACUCUGUGGCAUCUGCCAAUAAGGAGGAUGGUAUUGCAAGUGAGACUAGCACAACUUUAGAAACUACAUCCCCAAUAUUUAACCAUGUUGAGAGCCACCCUCUCCGAGAACCCUCUAUAGAUUCUGACAGUGAGAAUGAAGAAAAAUCUUCGAUUCACAAGAUAAUAGUUUCAAAGGCAGAAGCAUGGAUUAGUAAGAAAGGGAUAGCAUGGCCUUGGAAAGGAAAUGAGCGAGAUGGUUCAGUGGCUAGGGCCAGUGGUUUUGUUUGGCCCCGGUUUCAUAAUGAUCAAGUCAAUGUUGGUGUUCCUCAGAAGAGUUAUUGUGUUUCAAAUCCAGAAAUUCAGGUGAGCGGAAGUAAUCGACCAACAUGUAAAAAUGAUGAGUCUCUAGGAUCGUGGACCUCUCCAUUUGAUAUUAACACCAUAAGCCCUACCAUCAGCCUUAAAAGUGCCAGCAGUAGUGCUUUGACUAUGGUGGAUGUGGACACUGACUGCUUGGAUUAUGAAAUCUUUUGGGAAGACAUGAUAAUUGGAGCACAGAUUGGGCAAGGUUCAUGUGGAACUGUGUACCAUGGUCAGUGGGAAGGAUCGGAUGUUGCCAUUAAGGUAUUCUCCAAGCUAGAAUAUUCAGAUGAUAUGUUACUUUCCUUCAGACAAGAGGUAUCUCUUAUGAAAAGGCUUCGACAUCCAAAUGUUUUGCUCUUCAUGGGAGCUGUGACUUCACCUCAGCGUCUCUGCAUUGUCACAGAGUUCCUACCACGUGGCAGUUUGUUUCAAAUACUACAGAGGAAACCAUCAAAACUAGACUGGAGACGACGUGUUAAUAUGGCUAUGGAUAUAGCAUGGGGCAUGAAUUAUCUUCAUCAUUUCAACCCACCAAUCAUUCAUCGAGACUUGAAGUCUUCAAAUCUCCUAGUUGAUAAGAACUGGACUGUCAAGGUUGGCGAUUUUGGUCUUUCACGUCUUAAGCACGAAACUUUUCUUAUCAACAAGAGUGGCAGGGGAACGCCUCAAUGGAUGGCACCAGAAUAUUUACGUAAUGAACCCUCAGAUGAGAAGUCUGACAUAUAUAGCUACGGGGUGAUAUUAUGGGAGCUUGCUACUGAGAAGAUUCCUUGGGAUAAUCUAAACCCAAUGCAGGUGAUUGGAGCUGUUGGAUUCAUGAACCAAAGACUGGAGAUCCCAAUAGAUGUGGACCCAAAGUGGGCUUCUAUAAUUGAGAGUUGCUGGCACAGUGAUCCAGCUUGCCGGCCUACAUUUCUAAAACUGCUUGAAAAGCUUAGAGUGUUGCAUAAACAAUAUAAUCUCCAGUUCAAAGCAGUGCGUUCCGCCUCUAGUGAGAGCACCAGAAAAGAAUCGUAACGGGCCAUGUUUUUGUUCAUUGGUCUUCAUUAAUUCAUUUGCCACAUUGGCAGAUGAAGCAGCCACCCUCAGAUACUUCCAUCUGGUAUUGUAAAUUAUGAUCCUUUAUUUUACUUAGCAGCCCAAGUCAAAAAAUAACACAUGUUGCUUAGAGUGGAACACCACCGGUGGGAAAUUCACUGGUGGAGCCGUUGAUUGGAAAAAUGUUGGUAGGGAGGUCUUUGGCAGUUGCUGUCAACUCAAAGGUCCAGAUGCUAUAACAAAACUUCAUGAUUGUCUUGCACAACACCGUUGGAGGCUCAGACACGAACAAGUUCCCUAUUUCAGUCUUCGACCAAAAUGGGAAUCACGCAGGCUCUCUUGACAGCAAAUAAGAAGGUGAAUAUAGACUGCCAGGUUAUUCAAGCUUUCGGCUUUCUGAAGAUUCCCAGUCCAGAACUGCUGCAAGCUCUUAGAGUCCGAGACUAGAUGAGAAACAAUGUUUUGCUAGGUCGGAAUAUUGGUGUACAUAUAUCAGAACAAAGUAUGCUUUACUAACUCACUUUUGGACUGUUUGUGAGAAGCAAAAUUUGAAGAUUAUACAGGACGUUGAUCUGGAUAGCAUUGAAGACGGGUAAGUUCUUGGUAAAAAAGCUAACUUACUAGGCAGGAUAGUUUUGGUGAACAUAUUAGAAUACUCUGUUUAUAUUUUGUUCUACCUUAAAAAAAACAGAAGUUUGUAACAGGUUCCCAAUGUAAAUGUCUCUUUGUGUGGACUAGACUAGGUGCUGAGUGUAUGCACUUGAAAAUAUAGAGCAGUUGCUGAAGUUGAUGUAAGAUAUAAAUAUCUCAUUAGAAUAUGGUUCUCACUUGGUCGGAUUCAACACAUCCUGGAUCCCUGCUGUGUAUGCAUCACGGAACACCAAGCCUCCCACCAAU